AUGUGGAAGAAACUAGGGCUGCCGAAACCCAUCCCCUAUGACAGUGACGAUGAAGCGUGGGAUACCACUCCACCAGCCACCACCAGCACCGAAACGCCACCGGCUACUGAACCAGCGACCGGACGCACCGACUCACUGGCCGCCCAGACAUAUCGCCGGAAAAAGAAACGGCAAAGAACGCCGCCACCACCAUCCACAAUAGACCCGAAGACAAACCCUGCGGGCGAAAUGCUACCUGAAGCCCCCACUCCCACCGGCCACAGCCAGAAACGGCCAAGAACACAGUCGCCACCAAGAUCAGAGCUGGAACCCACCAUUGCCAUACAUCCCGCAGGACUUAAAGAAAGUGGUACGCCCAUUGAUUCCACCAACGCUGUGCCCACUGAUGCGCCCACGGACUUGCCAAGCGCUAUGCCCAGCGAUGUGCCUAGCGAUGCGCCUACUGAUUUCACCAGCGCUAUGCCCAUCGAUGUGCCCACCGAUGCGCCCGUGGACUUACCAAGUGAUGUGCCUAGCGAUGUGCCUAGCGACACACUCAGUGAUAUGCCCAGCAAUUUGCCCAGCGAUUUGCCCAGGCCAGCAUACCCAGAUCACAUCGUCAAAUCACUGACAUUCAACAAAAUUUCUGAGCGCACCAGGCUGCUUAAAGUUUCAUCCCUACCAUAUCACCCAGGAAAAUACAUCUGGGAUACUGGGUUGCCACCCAACUAUCUAGCAUCAUUCAGUAUAACAGGCCACUGA